AUGGCAUUGAACAUUAGCAAAGUAUGCUCAGCUGAUUCAUUCCUACUGACAUUCAGGCCGUUGGAAGGCAACGUCCGUGACCCCUUUUAUAUUCUAUUAGAUCCUGUGCUCGAAGAGCCAGCAGCAAACAACGACCUGCGUCUUCAUUCCCAUACACCACAUCACAGCCAACGUAUCCCCUCGCUACUCCAUAUCCCAACACCAGAUCUCGUCGUCGUCAGUCAGGGCAGAAUCAGUCCUCCUCUAGAAAAGGCAUUACGACACAUUGCACUUACAGCCACGAAAACCAUCAUCUUGGCCGACCCAGCAACGGCAAAGACCAUCCACACAUGGAAGAACUUCGACAACAGCAUCGUCAGAACGCUCUCCCCGUGGCAGGAUCCGCGCCAGGCAGGACAGGAUAGGGUCACUCGCGUGCCGGUCCCUCCCUGCUACGUCGGCGGCGAGCAUGGCGAGGUGACCGUCUCGCUGAUUCCCCAGAAAGGGGCUGCGAAAAGCGCACGCGCGGCGGUGGGCAUCACAUAUCGCCCUUCGCCGGCGAGCCCGUCUCCCUUUCGGCGAUCUCUCGCCUCGGCUGUGGCAACUCACGUAUCAAUCAUAUCUUCAACGCCGCCUCAACCUCUGCCUCCUCUUGCAGCGCCGCCAACAGGAGCCUUAACCGCCAGGCUCGUCCCCCCUACACCUCCACUCACUCCCAAGCCGUUACAACCUCAGAAAUCCAAAGACGCAGCAUUGCCACCACCCCCUCGCGUCCAAGGCCAGACUCUCUCCGUCGUAUUCUCUCCCCGAGGCACAUCGUACAGCAGCAUAAAGCCCUACGCAACCUCGCACCUCGUGUCCGAAGCGGCCCUCCCCCUGACCGCGCUCAUCCACAGCUUCGACACGGAACCCAGGCCGCGGUGGGCUCUCGGACGGAACAAGAGUCUCUUGCCCAUCGGCCAGGAAACGGCGCUGGCGCUGGGCGCGCGAGUGUGGGUGGCAACGCAUGGCUGGGACGACAGAGCCGCCGUGAAGAACAAGCGACCCCGUACGAAGACGUUUCUCGGGCACGAGGUCCAAGAGAUGCUGGAUCGGGCGGAGGCCAGGGAGAGGAGAGCUUCAUCGAGCGGCUAUGCGCCGAGGAUCACGCAGACAUUGGAUCUAGACCAAGGAGAAGAGGUGACUCUGACGAGCGAUGGUGUUCGAGAGUUUGGCCACCCAUCGCAGCAUCGGAGUCUAGGGCCGGAUGCCUUGGGGCUAUUUAAUAACGUUUCGGUGUUUUAA